UCAAGUUUUUGUUUCUAAAAGCAAAAAAACACAAAACGAAAACGAUGCCCUAGGAAACACAGCUCCCUCCGUCGCCUUCCGCCCUCGCCUUCGCCUUCGGCGAUCGCCUACGUUGGGAUCGUCCCCUCGCCGUUCUCCUCGGUGAUGGCUGAUUUUACUGGAAGCGAUUUUCAAGUGGAGGAGAAUGAUACUGAUAUAGUUGAUGAGGGUGGUUUCAAUGUUAGUGUAUGGCCAGAUGAGAUCGAAGAAAGGUUCAUCUACAUCAUGGAGGCAGAAGUUAACAAAGGCAAUAGAACAUCAACAACUUUUUCAAAGCCUGCAUGGCGUGCCAUUGAGGAAACUCUCAAUACACAAACAAAAAGGAACUACACUUACACACAACUCAGAAAUAAGUUCAACCAACUAAGAACCCGACAAAAGGACUUUGCUAACCUAAUGAAGGAGACAGGGGUUCGCUGGAACCCAGUGACAGACUCUGUUUCUGCGACAGAUGAGGUGUGGGAACGCCUGUAUAAGGUGUACAAGUCUGCAAAGAGAUUCCGUAAGAAGGGAUGCCCUUUGUUUAACAAAUUGUGUGUGAUUUAUGGAGACACAACGGCAUCCGAUUUCUGUCAACAUAUUUCGAACAAUAAUCCCCUGGACACUGAUGAUAGAGAGGAGAUUGAUGGGAUGAGCUUAGAGGCAUCAUUUAAUGAGCAAUCUGGUGGUACAGGUGUGCUGUCUGCAGUUCCUAUACGAAGCCAAUCUUUCAACCCAUCAAGCUCUCGUCGGGGAAAAAGAAAUAGUUUUUCCACUCUCCAGACUAGUAGUUUGACUUCUCCAGGUGAAAAUUCAAAGAAAAAGUCUGAUACAACUGAGAGAAAAAUGACAGUUACUCCCUCACCAUCAAAGUCAACUUCUGAGACUGGAUCCACUCUCAAGAAACUUAUUGUAGAAAGCAUGCAAGCACUGAAUGCCCUAGAGGGCAUAGAUGGAGUAGCAUACUCCAAGGCAGUUGAGCGGUUUCAUGAAGAUUAUAUGUGGAUGGAGCUAUUUCUGCAGAUGACAGAGGAUAGGAAAAAAGAUUGGGUGAUAAAUAUAAAAUAAUGGUGGAUGUGGUAGCCAUUUUGUCAUUAGCUUCUAUUUUCUAUCUCUUCUCUUUUGAGUUUUGAGCUAUGGAUAGUGCAACUAGUGUGGUUUAACUCUAUGGCAUGAACUUGUGGAUCUUGAAUUGUAGAUUUAUAUUGAGAAUGUGACUAAAAAUAAUCUUUAAUGUUUCUUUAUAUGCUUUAUCA